AUGCCCACAGCAAUGAAAGCAGGCUUGGAUGACAAAAUGACAGACACUGGCAAUGUGGAUGGGAUAUUACCAGAAUGGGAGAAAAACUUCAAGGAUAUAAAAAUACCUGCUUGUUUUAACAAGAUGCCCCAAGAGACUGGGAAGACUUUCCCUCACUCCAAACAAGUUGGGAAUUACCUAGUAGGCAAAAUGAUCAACAAGGGCUCCUUUGCCAAGGUGAUGGAGGGGCUGCACAUCCCCACAGGGGAGAAGGUAGCCAUAAAAGUCAUUGACAAGAGAAAAGCCAAGCAGGAUUCCUACGUUUUAAAAAACAUGAAGCGCGAGCCACGGAUACACCAGAUGAUUAAGCACCCCAAUGUUGUUCGGCUAUAUGAGACCUUGGAGACUGACAACUCCUAUUACAUGGUGAUGGAGCUGUGCCAUGGCGGGGACCUCCUGGACAGAAUUUGUGACAAAAAGAGGCUGGCGGAAAGGGAAGUAAGGAGAUACACCAGGCAAAUUCUGUCUGCAGUAGAGCACCUGCAUUGCCAGGGGAUUGUUCACAGGGACCUAAAAAUUGAAAAUUUUCUUCUUGAUGAGAACAACAACAUCAAAAUUGUUGAUUUUGGACUGAGCAAUACUGCAAAGUUCAAGGAUCUCUCCCAGGAGCUGUUACAUACCCAGUGUGGAAGCCCAGCUUAUGCUGCCCCAGAACUCCUUGCUCAUAGGAAAUAUGGUCCAAAGGUGGAUGUCUGGUCCAUAGGUGUAAGCAUGUUUGUUAUGCUAACCGGCACAUUACCCUUCAUGGUGGAACCCUUUAAUAUCAAGCAACUACAUCAAAAGAUGUUAAUUGGAGAAAUCAGCCCUAUUCCGUCAGAUAUCUUCCCUGGAGCUGUACACUUCAUGCAGUCCUUACUUGAGCCUGACCCUGCUAAGAGGCCUGGAGUCAAAGAAGCAAUAAAAGACAAAUGGUUGAACGAAGGCUUCACCAGGAAAAUACUGAAUGCUGCUACUUACGAGAACAGACUUUGCCCCAGUGAGUUGAAUCCUGUUGUUUUAAACUACAUGACAGAAAUUAUGGAGUUCAGUCUUUCAGAAGUUAUCAACAUUUUAAUAAAUAACAGACCGUCUCCUGCCAUGGCUUCUUAUUGCUUAUUGCUGAAGAAACUGCUCAGGUACCAGAAAGACCGCAAAAGAGCCCAGAGGGAAAAUGAAGUAAAAAACCACAUUGUUAACCCUGAUAAACAUUUGAAUGAGGAGUCAGAAAUUCAGAUUUCCCAGAAGGCUGAAAUAGACACUCUGGAAAACCUCAGGAGUUACGGCAAUAGGGCAUUUCCUUCUGUACUAACCCUGGCAGUCCCAGAUGCUAUUCAAGAAGAUGAGAUUGCAAUUACAUUGGAAAACCAAGAAAACUUGCCAGAAGGCAGAGAGUUGGUCCACCUUGGACCUCCUAAGUCACCAAGCAAAAGUACGCCAAGUGAGCCCAUUUAUCAGCCACUUUUGGACUUCCGGGAGAAUGUGAAUGAUUUUGAAGACUUGACUGAAGCCAAAAACCCAUGUCUUCAUGAGAAAUCACCAUCCACACCAACAGAUAACCAACCUCCGUCUUCAAACGUCCAAGCAAUGACAUAUUUGAACUUGAUUGACUCCAACAGAGUGCGCCAGGACCACAUCGAUGGGGUGAGCUCUUCAUGGUCCACGCAGCUCCUGCACAAGCGUGCCGCACCGCCUCAGUGA